AUGGUGGACUGGCUCAGUCUCGCCGUUCCCCUCGCCUACCUAGGCAUCCUGAUCGGCUCUCUAGCUACAUUCUCAUCUCUCUAUCGGAAGCGCAAGUCCCAAAAGGCAGCCACGCUUGAACCAUGGUUCCCUGCACACCUCCAACGUGACAUCUACUUCUCACUCCUCCAUCUUGACCCCUCCGCACAAAAAGAGAAAAAGACCCCCGCGAUCCCUGAGUCCGUCGUCAAGGCUGCCCUCCUCCGCCGCGCUAGUGAAGAUAUCCGCCGUGUCCUCGCGCUGCGUAGCCAGAAACAGGCUCUGUCUGUGCUGCUCCAGCGCGGCAGCGUCGGUGAUGACCUUUGGCAGCGCUUCUUGCGCGCCGAGAAGGAGAUGGAAGAGGAAGUUAAGGAUGUUGUUGCUGAAGCAAAUGCUUAUGUGCCGAACUGGGGCCAGACUAUCUUCCAGUCUGCCAACGAGAUGAUACAGAAUGAUAUUUACCGGCAAAGGAUGACUGAGCAGCAAGAUAAGGUUGCUGAGGAGAAGGAGUGGUGGAAUAAGAAGAAGGCUAAUACUCAGGAACAAUUCAUGAAGGAAUUGAAUGAGGGAUCUGAGUCGACUGCGCAAACUGCUCCCAGGUCUCCGGAGUCUGCUUCGGAGUCUGCUCCGGCUGCACCUGCUGCUCCUGCUGCUACUGCGCAGGUAAGUGAUGAUGAGCCGGUGUUGGUUGAGGCGGAGCCGUCGAGUAGUACUCCGUCUGGUGGAAAGAAGAAGAAGGGGAAGGGCAAGAAAUAG